CAGUCGGGCUGUUCCUAUUGGCCGCCGGGGGUCGCUCUCCUGUCCACGCACAGUGGUCUCUCGGCGGCGGCGGUUGGAGCGAGUGUGAGGCGCGCCUCCGUUCUCCCGGCAGCUCCUCCUCCUCCUUCCGCUCGGUGUAACUCCCUCCCGGCAGUGACGGAGCUCUCUUUAUCCUCCUGACCCCCGGGAAUAUGCUGAAGCAGCAGCCGUCGCAGGCCAAUCGCAAACCUGCCACCACAGCAGCGGCUAUGGCUGUCUCCACGCCAGGAAGCGGCUCUCCCGGGAGCCCUAACGGCAGCCUCCCCCCGGCCGGGAGCCGCAGCCAGGACAGAACUGGAGCGGGCAGGGGUCGGAGCAUAGUAAAGGGCCUCCAGCCGCCGGUUUUUGAAGGCGUAUAUAAUAAUUCUAGGAUGCUGCAUUUUUUAACUGCCGUAGUGGGCUCAACGUGUGACGUGAAGGUGAAAAAUGGCACCACUUACCAAGGCGUCUUCAAGACUUUGAGCUCUAAGUUCGAGCUGGCCGUCGAUGCCGUGCACAAGAAGACGAGCGACCAGGUCCCAGGACCGAGGCGAGAGGACAUUAUAGACACCAUGAUCUUCAAGCACUCCGACGUGCUGCUCGUCCACUUCCACAAUGUAGAUUUCAGCUACGCUACAAAAGAUAAAUUCACGGAUUCGGCCAUUGCAAUGAACUCCAAGGUGAAUGGGGAGCACAAGGAGAAGGUUCUGAUGCGCUGGGACGGAGGAGAAACUAACAGUGAUGACUUCGACCUGGAUACUGAGACGUGCAAUGGCUGGGAUGCCAUCGACAUGUUCAAGUUUAAUGAAGAUAACUAUGGAGUGAAGACGACGUAUGACAGCAGCUUGUCCUCAUACACGGUCCCUCUAGAAAAGGAUAACUCUGAGGAGUUCAGGCAGCGGGAAGCUCGUGCCACCCAGCUGGCCCGGGAGAUCGAAUCCAGCCCACAGUACCGCGCACGGAUAGCCAUAGAGAACGACGAGUGCAGGACAGAGGAGGAGAAGCAUAGCGCCGUCCUGAGGCCCAGCUCUGACCGGGACAGCCCCAGCCUCGUCUCCAGGGAUGGAAAAUACAACCCUCUACCGCAGCGGGUCAGAGACGGAUCACGAGGGGCCCUGCGAACAAACUCCUCCAGAGGAGGCAGGUCAGGGAUGGGGAUGACUUCUCGUGCACCCCCUCAGCAUUAUCCAGAAACUAGUUCAAGCCCAGCCCCCGAGCAGCGAGGCAUUAACGGAGGGCCUUCAAGAAUGUCCCCAAAAUCCCAGCGCCCUAUCCGCUCUACCAAGCCCAUGUCCUCUCCGUCCAGUCGUCCUAUAGAAGUGUCUACUUCCCCAUCAGCUGCCUCUCGCAUCUACACGCCCCUGUCGCCUAAAUCCGCCUCUUCCGCUAGUUCCAUGGAUUCGUCUUCUCAGUCUUCAACCCCAGAUCCCCGACCUACUGUGGAGGCUGGCAUCUCCCCUAAACCCUCGUCUCCGAAGAACGUCGCCCCCAGCUUGCUUGGGGAAGGCAAAGAUGCUCAGCCGCCUGUCAAAGAGCCGAGUCGGACGGUGGAGCAGGGCUCCCCAUGUGAGGUUGCCAAGCCGCCAUGUAAAGUGCUGCAAACUGAGCAGAAGAGGAACCAGCUGGACGAACUGCGCAAAUUCGGAGCUGAAUUUCGGCUCCAAGCGAGCCCGUGUCCAGACACCUCGGUGGACUCUUUCCCAUUGAGGCAAAGAGAGCAAUUAGAAAAUAAAAUGGCUCAGCCGGAUCCAAUCCACACGGAUGUCCCUGAGACGCGUGACCUGGGGCAGAAAAUUCCAGAGCCGGUUGAAGAAACCAAGGAGGAGCGUGUAUGUGAGAGUAAUGAGCGCCAAGAGGAGGCGGCGAGUCCUGCCAGCAAAGCCGAGCCUGACGAGAAGGAGGAGCAGGUGGUGUGCGACCAAGUGAAGAAAUCCACUCUGAAUCCUAAUGCAAAGGAGUUUAACCCUGCCAAGUCCCUCCUGGCUGUGAACAAAGCCACUAGCACGCCUACGUCCCCAGGUCCAAGAAGCCAUUCCUCCACCAUCCCAAUGCUGACGGCCGGCCAGAGCGGUGUCUACAGCCCCUACAUCUCCUACAUCCCUCCCAUUCACAUGAGCCAAGCCGUGCAGGCUCCUCAGAUGUAUCCAUACCCGGUGUCUAACUCUGUCCCCGGCCAGCAGGGAAAAUAUAGAACAAAAGGUCCUCCCCCGCGCUCCGACCAGCCGAACUCCGCUCCCCCCAUCAUGCAGGCUGCAGCUGCGGCUGGUCCUCCGCUUGUGGCGGCCACUCCCUAUCCGUCCUACAUCUCCUAUAGCCCCCAGCAGUUCCCAGGACAGCCAAUGAUGCAGCCCAUGGCUCAUUAUGCUUCACAGCCUGUAUUUGCCCAGAUGCUGCAGGGUAAUCCUCGCAUGAUCGCAUCUGGGAACCAUCCACAAGCCUUAGUUUCUUCUUCCAAUCCUCAGUACCAAACAGAGCAGCCUACGCCCCAGACGCUAUAUGCAACUGUCCACCAGUCCUACUCUCAUCAUGCGCCCCAGCUGCACCCCCAGCCAGCCAGCACCCCUACUCAGAGCCAGCAACAGUCUCAACAUGCCAAUCCUAGCCCCGUGCAGCACCAGGGUGGCCAACCUCCGCACCUAGGUGGCGGUCAGCCCCAGCAGAACCUGUACCACACAGCAGCCUUGACGGCAACACCGCCCUCGAUGACUCCUGGACCCGGCGCCCAGUCCCCGCAGAGCAGCUACCCACAGCAGGCCAUGUAUGCAAUCCAUGCCCACCAGCAGCUGCAGCAUGGCUACACGAACAUGUCUCAUGUGGCUCAGGCACAUGUACAGAGCGGUAUGAGUGGAGGACCUCCUCCCCACCCUCAACAUCCUGGUGGCCCUCACCCCACACCCGUCAUGCUCCUGCAUCCCUCACAGACUCAUGGUGGCCCCCCACAAGGAGGGGUCUCACAGACUGGUGUAUCCACACCUUCCCCCUAUACCUAUAUACCACAUCCUCAGGUUCAGUCUCAUCCGUCCCAGCAGCUCCCGUUUCAUCCUCCCGGUAACUGAGCCUCUUCCUGAGCUGUGAUUCCAACCUCCACACAGUCAUAACCCCAUCGCCAGCCCUGCCUCCGGCCAUCGCCCCCAUCUACGCUGUCCAGGAAACUGGCUGGGGCAGAAUCCAGGGCCCCGCACAGAGAUGUCCUGAAACGACGGAUCGGUGGGCCCUUUGCAGCGUCGUGGGGGUCUGCGCCCCUGGCCCUGAGAGUAGGGGGGGGGGGAGGGGAAGCCUGCCGCCACACAGAGGGUUUUACCAGGUGCGGAUCGUGCAGCUGGAGGCAGUUUGUCCCCUUGUUUUUGGCGCCACAAGGAGAAUGUUUUAGUUUUUGGUUCUAUAACGCAGAGGAGGGGGGAGGGGGUCGGCCCUUCUCUCUCUAAGAUCCUAGAGACUGGAAUAACAAAAACCCAAGAUUUUAUUUUUUAUUUAUGACUGAGAAUCGGGCAGUUUCACGCAGGUCCACUUUCAUCUCCCAUCCCCUUGUCCUUCAUGUCCCACAAUGCCCCUCCCUCCAUUUAACAUGAACGGAGUGAUGGACUACUUUUACUUUUUAUUGAAAUAAAAUAUUUAAAAAAAAAUGAAAAUAAAAAGUUACAAAAAAACUAUAAAAACAAAAACGAAAAAAAUAAAGUUU